CGAUCGUAGAAGAGAGAACAGCGUUACUGCGGUUUUUUAGCAUGGAUUCUGGGAUUAUAUAAACCCGAAUCACUCAACAGAUGUUGCGAGUAGAACCGAAAUUCUCUCAGAAUGAAGGUGAAAUCUCUUUCCUUGCGCAACGGAAGCAGACGCUCUCUAUUUGCGCUAUUCGCGUCGCUGCUUAGCGUUAGCGUCGACGCCAUUCCUCACCAUGGUCUUUACGGUGGGGAUGCCGUUUCUUGCGCGCUCACUAAGACCGUCCAUGCAAGCUAUACGACCACUAAGACACACACAGUCGCUGAAUUGUGUUCGGCCCCCCAGGUGACUUCGACUAUCCCCGUCACCUACACUGAGUACCUGUACUUCACAACCCCAGGCGUGUACACGGUGCCCUGCAGCGGUCCCGCGUCGACCUCUGUCGUUACCACCGUCGAUACAUGUCCCGCAAGCACCGUUUACGAAACUGUGUCGACUUCAGUUGUUACCGCGACUGUCGCUUACCCUACUACGGUCUUCAGCACGAGCUAUGCUGCUAGUUGCAGCUGUUACGAAACUCAGACUUUCAUUUACAACCCCACUGCUUCCCCGGAUUUCUCGCUGCCCCAAGGGGGAGCCGCCGCUACUGUCGGCGGGGGAUCUGCAGAAGGAUCACCAGCUACUACUGCGACUUCUACUACCACCAUAAACGCUGCGGUUAAGUCCGGCAGCUCAGCAGCUCAAGGAUCGUCUCCGUGUAGCGGUUCUACCGUCACUUAUACACUUACUUCAACCUACUAUACCACCUUGAAGGUCCCUACCACCUUAUCAUGUAGCACUCCCACAACUGUUUCUUUGGGUUCGGAGACCGUUACAGUCACCAAUGUUCCUACCGUUACCGUUGUCACUUAUACAACGACAGUUCCUAAGUCUGUCGUUUGCUCUCCAACAGUGACUUACAUAACGGAAACAACCGUUAUUCCCGUUACGGAAACACUCACCUACCCCGUUACCAUAACUACUGACGAUACUCAUAACACUGUUUCUGUCGUUACAUCGACAUCAACGCGGACUUCAUACCUUACUACGCUUGUAAAGCCUACUUUUACAGUAACUGAAGGCUCAGAGUGCACCACCAAGACAGAGUCUGAUGCGGUUGUAGUCGUUGUUCCUACCACCAAAACUCUUACUCAGUAUGUUACUCGCACAAAGUCGGGCGUGCAGUCUCAGGAAUCAGCCGGCAGCGCUGUGACCGAGACCGUCACCUCUUUUGGUGCUGUAUAUACUACGGUUCGCUAUGAAAACAUAAGCACCACUGUUGUUCCCUCCGUCGCUACAGCGACUGUCACGACUGGUAGCGUCGCUUUCACUACGACAAUCGUCAACGGUAAUGCUACUACGGUUGAGAUAGUUGUUCCUACCGGCGUGGUUACAAAAACCGUCACUGCUGGCAGUGUUGGUUUCACUACCACGCUUCCCGUGAGCGGCAGUACUACGACUGUUGAAGUCAUCGUCCCUACCAAUGCCAAGACUGUGACCGAGACUGUGACCCUUGGGUCUGUAGGCUACACCUCAACUUUUGUCGCGGAUGGUACGACCACUGUAGAGGUUGUCGUCCCUACCAACGUAAAAACUGUUACUGAAACUGUUACUGCUGGAUCUGUUGGUUACACUUCAACCUUUGUAAGUGGCAGUACUACCACUGUUGAGGUUGUCGUUCCUACAAACGCAAGCGCUAUUACUGAGACUGUGACCUAUGGUUCUCGUGCAUAUACUACUACGCUUCCCGUCAACGGUAGCACGACCACUGUAGAGGUUGUCGUCCCUACAAAUAUCAAAACUGUGACUGAGACUGUCACUCUUGGUUCUGUUGGCUACACCUCAACCUUUGUAAGUGGCAGUACUACCACUGUUGAGGUUGUCGUUCCCACCAAUCCUGCUGUCGUGACGGAGACUGUCACUUACGGUUCUGUUGGUUUAACGACUAUCCUCCCCGUAAGUGGAAACACUACUACCGUUGAAGUUGUUGUCCCCACAAGUGCCGUAACAGUUACAGAGACGGUUACCUCUGGUGACGUCGCUUAUACUACCUUACUUCCUGUCAACGGAAGUGCCGCUACAGUUGAAGUCGUCGUUCCUACCAAUGCAAAGAUUGUGACGGAGACCGUGACCUAUGGCUCCCGUGCAUACACUACUACGCUUCCAGUGAAUGGUAGCACAACUACUGUUGAAGUCGUCGUCCCUUCCAAUGCUAAGGUUGUGACUGAAACCGUCACCCUUGGUUCUGUCGGCUAUACUUCCACUUUUGUUAAAGACAGCACCACUACUGUUGAGGUUGUCGUUCCUACAAACGCGAGGGUUAUUACUGAAACAGUAACUUUUGGUUCUCGUGGUUAUACUACUACGCUUCCUAUUAACGGCAGCACCACUACCGUUGAGGUCGUCAUCCCUACCAAUGCUAAGGUUGUAACUGAGACUGUCACUCUUGGUUCUAUCGGCUAUACUUCCACUUUUGUUGCAGAUGGUACGACAACUGUAGAGGUUGUCGUCCCUACCAACGUAAAAACUGUUACUGAAACUGUUACUGCUGGAUCUGUUGGUUACGCUUCAACCUUUGUAAGUGGAAACACUACUACCGUUGAAGUUGUUGUUCCCACAAGUGCCGUAACAGUUACAGAGACGGUCACCUCUGGUAACGUCGCUUAUACCACUUUACUUCCUGUCAACGGAAGUACCGCUACAGUUGAAGUCGUCGUUCCUACCAAUGCAAAGAUCGAGACCGAAACUGUAACGACCGGAUCCGUUGGUUACACGUCAACUGUUGUCGGCGGUAGCACUACUACUGUCAAGGUCUUCGUUCCAACCAAUGCUAAGAUUGUGACCGAAACCGUGACCUAUGGUUCCCGUGCAUAUACUACUACGCUUCCAGUGAAUGGUAGCACGACUACCGUUGAAGUCGUCGUCCCUACCAAUGCUAAGGUUGUGACUGAGACUGUCACCCUUGGUUCUGUCGGUUAUACUUCCACUUUUGUUGCAGAUGAUACGACAACUGUAAAGGUUGUUGUUCCCACCAAUCCUGCUGUCGUGACUGAGACUGUCACUUACGGUUCCGUUGGUUUAACGACUAUUCUCCCCGUAAGUGGAAACACUACUACUGUUGAAGUUAUUGUUCCCACAAGUGCCGUAACAGUUACAGAGACGGUCACCUCUGGUAACGUCGCUUAUACCACUUUACUUCCUGUCAACGGAAGUACCGCUACAGUUGAAGUCGUCGUUCCUACCAAUGCAAAGAUCGUGACCGAAACUGUAACGUACGGUUCUCGUGCAUUCACUACAACUCUUUUUGUCAGUGGAACUACGACUGUUGAAGUUGUUGUUCCUACAAAUGCUAAGACCAUGACCGAGACCAUCACCUCUGGCUCUAGGGGAUAUACUACGACACUUCCCAUAAAUGGUAGCACAGCUACCGUUGAAGUUGUGGUUCCCACAAGACCCGCCGUUGUAACUGAAACGGUUACAUAUGGUUCUAUUGGUUUAACAACUACUCUGCCUGCUAAUGGCAGCAUGACCACCGUCCGCAUUGUCAUUCCUGCUGAUUUCGCUUUCGUAACUCAAACUGUCACAUAUGGUAGUGUUGGUCUGACAACCACUCUCCCUGGCAUCGGAAAUACCAAGACAGUCGAGGUUAUUCUUCCUGUAAAGCCCACUACCGUUACGGAGACCAUCGUAUCUGGUAAUGUUGGCUAUACUUCUACUCGUCCCAUAAAUGGAAGUACCGUUACUGUCGACGUCGUCAUUCCUAAAAGACAAGCUACUCUCACACAAACUGUGACAUUUGGAAAUGUUGAAUACACCUCCACUAUUCCUGCUAGCGGUUCUAUUCCUGGUACCGUGAUCAUCGUUGAACCUACUAAGCCCGGAACUGUUACUAAGACCCUUACGUCCGGUUUCGUUCAGUAUAACUCUACUGUUCCCGCGAGCGGUUCUGUUUCCGGAACUGUCCUCGUUGUUGAGCCCACAAAUGCUGAAACUGUCACUAGAACUAUCACGUCUGGAGAUGUGGAAUACACUGCCACUACUAUCCCUGCCAGCGGAUCUGUUCUUGGUACUGUGAUUGUCGUUGAACCUACUAAGCCUGGUACUGUUACCAAGACUGUUACGUCUGGCUUCGUCCAAUACAAUUCUACCGUCCCCGCCAGUGGUUCUGUUUCUGGUACAGUUCUUGUUGUUGAGCCCACAAAUGCUGAAACUAUCACUAGAACUAUUACGUCCGGAGAUGUUGAAUACACUGCCACUACUAUUCCUGCCAGCGGAUCUGUUCUUGGUACUGUGAUUGUCGUUGAACCUACUAAACCCGGAACUGUUACCAAGACCCUUACUUCCGGUUUCGUCCAGUACAAUUCUACUGUCCCAGCAAGCGGCUCUGUCUCCGGAACUGUUCUUGUUGUUGAACCUACUAACGCUGAAACUGUCACUAGAACUAUCACGUCCGGAGAUGUUGAAUACACUGCCACUACUAUCCCUGCCAGUGGUUCUGUCCUUGGUACUGUGAUUGUCGUUGAACCUACUAAGCCUGGUACUGUUACCAAGACUGUUACGUCUGGCUUUGUCCAAUACAACUCUACUGUUUCCGCGAGCGGUUCUGUUUCUGGUACAGUUCUUGUUGUUGAGCCCACAAAUGCUGAAACUAUCACUAGAACCAUUACAUCUGGAGAUGUUGAAUACACGGCUACCACUAUUCCUGCUAGUGGAUCUGUCCUUGGUACUGUGAUUGUCGUUGAACCUACUAAACCUGGUACUGUUACCAAGACUGUUACGUCCGGUUUCGUCCAAUACAACUCUACUGUUUCCGCGAGCGGUUCUGUUUCUGGUACAGUUCUUGUUGUUGAGCCCACAAAUGCUGAAACUAUCACCAGAACUAUUACGUCCGGAGAUGUUGAAUACACUGCCACUACUAUUCCUGCCAGCGGUUCUAUUCUUGGUACCGUAAUCGUCGUUGAACCUACUAAGCCCGGAACUGUUACCAAGACCCUUACGUCCGGUUUCGUUCAGUAUAACUCUACUGUUCCCGCGAGCGGUUCUGUUUCCGGAACUGUCCUCGUUGUUGAGCCCACAAAUGCUGAAACUGUCACUAGAACUAUCACGUCUGGAGAUGUGGAAUACACCUCGACUACUAUUCAACCCAGUGGAUCCGUGCCAGGUACGGUCAUCGUGGUAGUUCCAUCGGCUCAUUCGACUGUAAUGUCGACUGAUUUCUACGCAUCCACCGAUUAUGUUACCACUGUAACUGCCAGCGGAGUCGAUACAGUUAUUGUUGGUAUUCCUACGGCAGAAUGCAACGGUGUCCGUGGUCUUGCAUACGCUGCAUAUGAUUAUGACGAUCCCUCAAAGACCCAGUUCUGUAAGAUGACGGUUACUAACACCAGUGCGUUUACACGACCAGCUUAUUUCGGUUCAUCCAACUUGACACAGACUUCUCCACUUUUCACUGGUGUUUUCAGCAGCAACACUGAAGUUCCUGAAUGGACUUCGUCUCGUUACCUUCCUGCUUACCCACCCAACGCUGCUGCAAUGUCUAAGACAUCUGCAGCUUGCAAGGCUUUGGUUUAUCAAUUUUUCUUCAGGGCUCCUGUUACCAGCACCUAUACCUUCACAGUGCAAAACGUCGACGAUGUUUUCUACGGCUGGUUUGGUGACAAGGCAAUCAGUGGUUGGUCUAAUACAAACUAUGAUGCUUAUGCCAAGUGGAGACGUUCGGCAACUGGUAUGGGAUCAUGGAGUCUUGGUACUCUUCAGGCCGAUAGUUUCUUGCCUGUAAGACUUAUUGUUGCUAACGGAUACAAUGUCGGUGGUUUCAAUUUCCACUUUGUCGACGGUAACGGAGACGUUCUCAUGACAACGGCUUAUACGUAUACUGCUACCUGUAACCAAGAAUUCCUUCCGUUCGGACGAGGAAAUGGAGGUGUGGAUAACUAAUUCUAAUUUAUAGCUUGUAUAGUUCUUUUUCAAAAUUAAUCUAAUAUUUUAUUUUGUACAUAAA